AUGUGGUCUCCAACUGCCAUCUAUUUCUCUUGCUUUCUACUUACAUUAACCGUAAGUUUAAAAAUCAUCUUUUUCUUUAUCCAAUUUAGGAGACAAUUGAGCUCGGGAAAGAGACCGAAACCGAGCGAUCCCAAGUCCGAUCAAUUCUAAAUCGAUUGAGGCAAAAAGAAGAGGCCAAACAUCCUUCAAGUGUGAGUUCAUAGCCAAAACAACCUUUUUAUUAAAAAUAUGUAUCCCUUAUUUACCGCAGUGGACACUAGAAUUCACCCAUAUUUUAGCCUUACAACAAGAUACGCUCCUUAAUAAAACAAUCUUUUGAUGUCAAUGGCCAGACUGAAGACCUAUUCGAAGGCGAUAUUAUACUCUCGUUGCCGCAGGCUCGGAAAAUUGCCGAGAACCUUGACAAGGAAUCGCCACCACGAAAAAAACGACAAGUCGUCGUUGGAGAGACUCUAAAAUGGAAUAAAGUGAUUCCUUAUGAGAUGGUUGAUGGUGAGUUGAAUGUUUACGAUAAAAAAAAAUUAUGAGUUUAGAAGAAGCCAGAGGGCUCGCUGAAGACUCAAUGGCAGUGAUUACGGCCCAGACUUGUUUGGUUUUCAAGGAAAGGACAACUGAAGAGGACUACAUUCGGUUUGUCCAUGCGGCUGGAUGCUUUUCGGCGGUGGGGAAAGUCGGCGGAGGCCAACCGGUUUCAAUGGGAUAUGGCUGUUCGGUACGUAAGAAAAUCGGGAAACAUGCUAGCGAUUCUAAUGUUAAGUAGAGGAUAAUACAGUGAGGAGCCUGAUCCAGUGGCAAAAAACGUACCAUUUGGCAUCCGGGAAGUAUUAAAAAUGUGGCAAAAUACCUCCCUGUCCAAAUUCACUUGGAGAGGGAAGCAUUUCGCCACAUUUUUGAUACUUCCCGGAUGCAAAAUGGUACGUUUUUUUCCAUUGGAUCAGGUCCCCACUGUAGCAAAAGCUUUACCGGGUUGGUUGUGGGUACCUUUUGGAGGGCUUUUCGAUCGUUCUCGCAACAAAACCUGUAGUUUUUUUGCGAUUGGAUCUUUCAAAAUUUGUCUCUACAGAAUAAAAACUACCUAUAAAGAACAACACUUGUUCUUUUUCCGAGGAUCCGAGGCAAUUCACCAACAAAAAUCGAGCUUUUUUUCAGCUCGGCGCUGCGGUCCACGAAGUUCUCCACGCUCUCGGGCUAUGGCACGAGCAGGCCCGUUCAGAUCGCGACCGUUUCGUCAAAAUUCGCUAUGAAAAUAUCCAAUUAAACCGAAAGGACAAUUUUAUCAAACGAGGGUCCAACGAGAGUGAGAACAACGAAGAGCGCUACGACUACGGGUCAAUAAUGCACUACGGUCCCAAUACUUUUGGAAUCGAAUCGGCCGAUACGUUGGAAACUGUUGAUCCAAGGUUCCAGCAUACAAUAGGCCAACGAGCAGACGUCAGCUUCAAGGAUAUGAAGCUGAUCAAUAUGAGAUAUUGCAGCGACAGCUGCCCGACUAAACUUGAUUGCCAAUAUGGAGGAUACACUGAUCCACAGGAGUGCUCAAAAUGCAAAUGCCCGAAUGGGAUUGGAGGAACGCUGUGCAACGAGGUAAAAACUUCAGGUAAGACAUCAAAAGAAGGCGUUUGAAGCACACAAAAACACUAUAUUAUUAGAAUCAAAAUCCACAAAUUCUGCAAUAAGAGCACGCUAACCUCACAAGAACAAUGGAAGAUUAAUUAUUGCUCAUGAAUUAAAAACCCCCUCCAACACACAACAGUGACGGACCUGAUCCAGUGGCAAAAAACGUACCAUUUUGCACCCGGGAAGUAUCAAAACCUUAGCAAAAUACCUCCAUCUCCAACUAAAAAACUCUGUUUUCAAAGGCGCGCGCACUUUUGAAAUCGGAGUCGUUUCACUUGGAGAAGGAGGUAUUUUGCUGCGUUUUUGAAACUUCCCGGAUGCAAAAUGGUACGUUUUUCCCACUCGAACAAGAUCGCCACUGUAAUACCAUCCUUUCCACACCCUCAUUCUCUCAAAUCAGUACAAACUUCAUCAAUUUUUAGACUUUCAAGCCUGCGGCGACACUGACUUAGACGCCUCCGACAGCCAUGUCAAAACGAUUGUAAUCUCAAAUAUCCGAGGUCCCGGCCGUUGCAACUACCGAAUCAAAGCUCAACCCGGAUUCCAUGUCAAGUUAGAAGUCGUUGAACAGUCCUUCGAGUGCGUUGAAACUUGUAGCAGCUACUUGGAAGCAAAACAUCUCAAGGACAAGACUACAACUGGAUUUCGAAUGUGUUGCGACGAAGCUCUCGACUAUAAUAUAGUCUCGCAGGAUCAUGAAAUGAUAGUGGUUGUCCAUCACGAAAAAGAAGACCGGGAUUUUACCACAAAAAUGAUUUAUUAUCAGGUCAACGAACAUCGACCGAUAGAAGGAGUACAAAACUAG